GCGAUGAUUUAGAAGUUCAGGAAUCCCACGUGACGUCACCGUAGGGUGAUGUAAUGCUUCUGCAAAUAGAACUCAUUGUAAUCCUCUCUCAGUACAACGUGAUUCGCUCUGCAGGACAGCCGAUUCUUCUCUACAGUUCGCUGAAGCCUAGCUGGACAUGAACACAGAAAGGGACCGGCCAUAUGCCUGCAGUGCUCCUGGCUGCACACAGCGCUUUCCCACUGAAGAUCACCUGAUGAUCCACAGGCACAAGCAUGAGAUGAGCCUGAAGCUCCCGUCCAUUAAAAAGGACAGCAUCCUGUCAGACCAGACUCCUACUCCCACUCGCUUCCUGAGGAGCUGUGAGGAGGUGGGCCUGUUCAGGGAGCUGGACUGCUGCCCUCAAACCGAGGAGGACACCAAGCAGAGGUCUGCGGACCACAGUCAGAACCAAGAACACACAAGUAACCAUAACAACAGUUCCGCCCAACAACAGGCCCCACCCUCCACUAAAGCCACCUCCAUCCUCGCCCAGGACACGACCACCACUGAGCAAUUAGGGCCUGUGUCUGGCUUACUCUCCUGUAUGCUGUACCUCCGGGCUCAACAGAGACACCCUCAACCAGCUUCCAAGCCUGACUCCGCCCAGCCAGACCCCGCCCAGCCUGACCCCACCCUUCCUGACUCCACCCUCCCCAGUUCAGCAUCAGUGAACUUGUCUCAGAUAGAGAGCCAUGGAUUGUCCCUGGGUUCCAGUUUGAUUAGCUCCACCCACCACAGCACUUGCUCCUCCCCCCAGUUUCCCUCUGUGCCCUCUGAGGCCAGGCAGAGGCUGAAGGCUGCGCUCAGACACCACUCGGGUUCCGUUACCAACGGCAACAUUAACACUAUGGGUCACAUGAUGGAGAUGACUUCACCACAGCAGGAGCAGAGGGGUCGGCAGCACCUGGCCCACACCUACCAGCAAAAUGGCCACACCCACAGCCAGAGCCUCGGCCAGAGCCACGCCCACGACCAGAGCGGGUACACUCAGCUGCAGAGCCUCGUCAACCAGCGCCACCCCGCGCUGCCCCUCCAGACCUCUCCACAGGUGUCAGCAGGUGCAGAGUCGGCGCAGGCAGGUGGGGGGCGGCGCAGGCGGGGGAGGGGGAGCGACCCGGACGAGAGGCGGCAGAAGUUUCUGGAAAGGAACCGAGCGGCGGCCUCUCGCUGUAGGCAGAAGAGGAAGGUGUGGGUGACCUCACUGGAGAGGAAGGCCGAGGAGCUGGGCCACAGCAACCUGCAGCUACAGAGUGAGGUGACUCUGUUGAAGACAGAGGUCACACAGCUGAAGGAGCUGCUGCUGGCCCAUAGAGACUGUCCCGUCACCACCAGGCAGAAAGAGGCUCAGAGGUACCCCAGUGCAGAGAGCAGCCCAGCAGGUAGAGCUGCCCCCUCCUGUUCCCAGCAGCAGGUGCUCCAGCACAACAGCAUCAGCACCUCCACUGCAGCAGGGGGCGACGGUGUGCACGCUCCGCCUCAUCCACACACUGCCCUGAACCCCGUGCUGUAGAGACUGCCCCCUGACCUCUGCCCUCCCGCUCCCGCCUGCCCGUUUCUGUCUCAUGUAAGGUUCUUCAUUAAAAUGGGUGGAGUCUUAUGUUACUCCCGUCCUUAUGAUUGGUCAGAUAUAGACCAGUGUGACUGAACCAUGCAGUCUGUCACACGUGCAUCACUUCCUGUGUGUGUGCGUAGGAUCACAAUGUUCUUGCAUUCCUGGUCUGCGUUUGGUCCUGAGAUGUGACUGACGCAACUCUUCUGUAAUUAGUCUGUGCAGAUGGGGUGAGGUAGAUCCACAGGUUGAUCAUUUAUAUGUCACUCGUUCAGAGAAAAAAAAUACAGCAAUCUAACAGCAAUUUGCUUGUAAAAUCACCUUAACCCUAUUUUACUGGAUGUGAUGUAACAGUGUUCAUUAUGACAUCAUCGGUGAGCUGAGAAUUGCACCCUUUUGAUCUUGACUGGAAACGUGUGUGCAGAAGUGCGUGUGCUUGUACAAAAAGUGCAAUGAAAGUGUAGAAAUGAGUAUAUCGAAAUGUGUCAUUUAAAAAAUGAAAUGUAAUAAUGUACAGAAUUUCCUGAUUUUUGUAAUCUUCUAUAUGCAUCAUUUCUUUUGAGAGGAGAACUGCACUUAUCAUGAAUUUAAAAUGUUUUAAAUGAAUCAGUAUUGAUGAAUUUCUCUAAUGAUUCGUUGAUCAUUUGCAUUCAAUUUGUUUUGUUUUUUUGCAGAUGCUAAAUAUAACUGCAGCUUCUGUAUUCAAUAAAGCACUUCUAUAACCACAUGCUUUA